AUGAAUUCAGAACACACCCUUAAUUUGUUCACGUCUUUGCUUACACCUUUUAAGACAACGUUGCUGGUUAGCGGAAAAUUUGGUGAAUUUGAACGUGAAAUAAGCAAUCAAAUUGACUACUGGCAGAUAACACAUCCUCAACGCUGCGAAAGCUUUAUCAGAGAACGACCUUUAUCUGCUUCAGAAGUUGAAGAUUCUACUUUAUUCACUGAAGAGAGUGAAGGAGAAGGAUAUCAGAUGGCUUCUGUAGAAACUGCCCAGUCACCACAAGCUUGGAGUAACAAUAGCUUAGAUGAUUCUCGAUCCAAGGAGAAUCUUCUUAUACAACUUUUGAACUUACUCAGUAAUAAGGCGGAUUCACUGAAUGUUAAUAAUUUGAAGCAGUUGGUCGAAACGUUAUUGUUCAAAUGUAAUUCGAAAGAAGUAGAAAUGCUUCUGAGUAUGGCGAGAGAAUAUGAAAAAAAAGAAGUGGAAAAAGGCGAAGCCGUCAAAGUAGUCAUUUUGAAAAAGUUGGAUAGGAGAAUAAUUUCCAACUUAAACACUAUUUUUUCAGACUCUUCUGUCUUGGUCCAACUUCCGAGAGUUCCACCGCCACCUCCUCCUCCACCUCCACCUCCUCCUCCAGCACCACCACUUCCGCCACCAACAGAAUGCAAAAGCAGCAAGGGACCACCAACAACAUCCCCUUUUCAGGUUCAUCAGAAAGAAUCAAAGUUAAUAGGCAAGAAGAAAGUUGAGCUACCGAAAGCGUUGAGGCCAAAAUCAAUGCCUAAAGCUGGUUCGCAAAUGAAGCAAAUUCAAUGGACAAAAAUACCUGUAGAAAAGGUGAUCGGAGAUGGCGUGCAAAAAAUCCCAAAUGUUUGGAUGUCGUCGGCACGUUUAUCUGAAAGCGAAUUGCAUCUCAAUUUCGAUGAAUUGGAAUCGAUGUUCAGCUGCACAAUUUCAGCGUCGCAAGCUGAUACUUCAGUGAUUGAAGGACGUGAAACUCGUAAAAGAGGUGUUAUAACUCUGUUGUCACAUAAAAGAAGUUUCAACGUGAGCAUUUUCUUGAAGCAGUUUAAAGAAGGUAAUUAUAGAGUCAGUAUUGCACAAAUCAUCGAAAGUGUUAGAAAUGGAGAGGACAGAUUCUUCGGUUUUGAACGACUAAAGAAUCUUCGCGCCAUCUUGCCUGAUAAUGAAGAGAUUGAAAUACUCAAAGGUUUCACAGGGGAACAGUCUCAACUUGGCAUCGCCGAGCAAUUCUUUCUUAAUCUGUUAACUGUACCAGAUUAUAAACUUAUCCUGGACUGCAUGAUUUUGAAAGAAGAACUGGAUUUCGCUCUUGAAACUUUGUUGCCUCACAUCGAUACUGUAAUUAAUAGCUGUGUCGAAAUUAAAGAAAGCAAAGCAUUGCCUAAAAUUUUUUGUAUGCUCAUACAAAUCGGUAAUUUCCUGAACGCUAAUGCGACAUUCGGCAACGCAGCAGGAUUCAAACUUAAUUCGCUUUGGAGAAUUUUGGACAUGAAAGCAACGCAGAAGAGUAUCACACUUCUUCAUUUCAUUGCUAUGGUUAGAUAUUUCAAGAAAUCUCCUUCAAUUUGGUCUUUUAUCAGUCUUCAUAUGUCUCUUAUGUUUAAUAAAAUAAUAUCUUCCUAUUCUUGGCAACAGUUAGAUCAUAAUAUGAUCUACCACCGCAAAGCUAAGGAUGUUCUAACACUGUUUUUAUUUGCAAGAAUAAUUUUAAGGCUUUCGCUGGAAUCAAUUCGCAAUGACGUCCGCACGCUUAAAGAUAAGCUAACUUGCAUAAAUAACGAAGUAAUCAAACGAACAGAUGUUCGCUUCUUCGAGGAAUCGUAUCAGCAUUUCUUGAAUUCUCGAGAACAUAUGGAAAAUAUGGAAGAACGAUUAGAACAAAUGAAUGAGUUGAUUUCGUAUUUGGCAGCAUAUUUCUGUGAAGAUGAAAAGCACUUCAAAAUUGAAGAAUGCUUCAAAAUACUUUCUACUUUUACUUGUCGACUCAGAGAUGCAUUACAUGAUAAUGAAGAACGCAAAAAACGAUUAAAGCGUCGUAAACAAAGAGUCAGUGCUGGAAUAACCGUAUUAAACAACUCUUCCGAGUUGAACUUCUCUACUAAGGUCAACAGUAGUGACAAAACUUUGGAAGAAGUUUUGGAAAGCGAGUCAGCUAUUUCAGAGCAGUUUGCACUGUUUACGGAAGUUUUCAGAUCACAUUCGGGUUCACGUAGGUUCCGAUCACGUUCUAAUCCUAACCAAAGUACGACUGACGUAAAACAAUCAGACAAUACCAGGAAAGAACGUAAAAUCGUACAUCGAACACUACGCAAAGUGAAAGAUGAAAUAGCAAAUGAGGCAGAUACUUUAUCACCAAUAGUUAAGCUACGAAGAAAUUCGAGAAAUAAAAGUGAUGCAUACCUCAUUAAAAACAGUCGGAAUUUGGACGAGUUUCUAGAAGCAGCUGAGAAAGUUGAAAAAGAAGCCGUAAAGCAUGUCGAGCAUAGUGUUACUUGUUUCGGCUACAAAGAAUCACCUCGAAAUGACAGCGAGAAACUUUCUAAUUCUCCAAUCUCAAGAGAAGAUUCCCUCUUGAGAAGAUCAUCUUCAACGGAUAUUUCAAGGAUUAGUGAACCGGGAUGUUAUGAAGUGACGAUUGAAAAGAACUCAUCAAGUGUCACCAGAGAAAACCAGAUGUUAUCGUUGCCAAGUGCGAUGGAUAAAAUUACAAAACAACAAGUGGCUGUGGAACGAUCUGCCGAAAUACCGUUAACAAAAGCAAUGCGCAACGUUAGAACGCUGAAAGCUCCAAAAAAAAUCAGUGUAUUAUCGGGAACUAGCAGUAUUUUAAGUGCCUCAACACUCGGAAAUAAACAAGUUUCCGCAAUAUCAUCUUUUACAUCUACUCUUGAACGUCGAAGACCAACAAACAAAUCAACAACUUCACCUGAAAUAAAUAAAAAAAUAUUACAAAAGGGAUAUAACGAGUCAAAAACUACUAACCCGAGAUCAAAUUUGCAAUUCGGGAAAUCUUCAAAUACAACUACCAAGGUGAAGCGAAGUGAGGCUAACUCAGCUAAUAAGUCUGCAGUGAAUAUUGCGAAAGGUAUCAAAAUUUUAGAAUCAUCUAAAUUAGGACAGCCUGGUUUUGGCGGUGCCAAAAUAUCUGGGAAAAAUUGCAUUUCCACACGAAUGUCAAGCAAAUCAUUGGCGAUUCUAGGAGAAACCUCAGAUAUACCAGCACCAUGCACAUCAAAUUCCUCAGUGAACAAUUCUCCACCUCUACGAGUGGAUGGCACUACUACGCGUUUCACUUCCAGUAACUUUCAUACCAAUUCUCAAUCAUUUUGGAGUACUGCUUUCCGAGCAAGUACUCCGAUUAAGCGAUCAGUAACAUUACAUGAACAGGCUUCAUAUCCUAAUAUCUCAAAUCCUUCAUGGUCGAAAUCCACUGCUGUAAAUUUAUCAAGUCUUAAAUCAACAGCACAAAAUCGAACCUCUGUAUCAUGUGGUGCAGUAUUGCCUCCAAAAGUGCCCUCAACUCAUACUUCUCCCUCCGUAACACGGCGACCGACAAUGAAGGGACCUGGCAAAAUGAAUUCGCAAACACCAACCUUACCUGCAAUACCAGCAUCCACUCCUCAUAAUCGUGCCACGAAACGGAAUGACUCCUGCAGCACUGCUUCUAGACCGUUGCUGAUCAAAACCGGGACCAUAUCAAGACCAAGGUGGAAAUAG